AUGUCAGAGACUACGAGCAAUUCGAAGCCAAAAGAGGAGUACGACCCAAAUGUACGAACAACAUUCAGGGGAAUGAUCCACCUUGCUGCAUUCAUCACCACGAGUCUCUCUGCAAUCGUAUUCCUGGUCAUCAUGAAAUACACCGAAUCAUUCAAUGGAUACGUCAUGCUCUAUUUUCUGGUGCAAAUCAUGCAAUUUGGCCUGAGUGCUCUCUACCACACGUACCAGGGAGAUGGACGCGUCAAGCACUUCUUCAGGAAGCUGGACCACCUGGCCAUCUUCUUCCUGAUUUGUGGGACGCAAACAGCGGUGGUGAAGAUGCUACCAAAAAGAGACGAGUCGAUUUCAUCCGACUCGUUUCUGAAGAUGACCUGGGGACUGGCCGUGCUUGGAUCCGUCAAGCUCUUUCUGAUUGGCGAGCUGGACGUCCACAACAUAUUCGACCUGGUCGUCUACUGCGGCCAGGGCCUCUCAAUUCUCCUUUUUAGGCGGAUAUUCCUGAACUUCUAUUCCACCGACCUGGCCAUUCUCGUUUCAGGGGGCGUCUUCUACAUCACUGGGGCCGUUGUCUACGGCGCAGAGUCGCCCAACCCGUAUCCCCGCGUCUUUGGAUUCCACGAGAUAUUCCACGUUUGCACCCUGCUUGGAAAUGCGUGUUUUGGCCUAUCAAUAUGGAAGGCGUAUUUCACAAGAAUAAUCAGCAAGGUGUAG